CUUCGCAUUUUCUUGCAGACAAUACCACUUGCCUUCUUCUCAAAGCACAUAGAAGGGAAGACGAACCAGAAAACAUGGAAACUAAGAUCAGACGCUUCAGAUCAAACUUGGGAAGUGAUACUAGAAGGCAGGACACUCACCGGAGGUUGGAAAAAUUUCACCACAGCACACGACCUUCAAAUCGGUGACCUUGUGAUCUUCAAACACGAAGGAGACAUGGUGUUUCAUGUGACUCCUUUUGGUCCUAGCUGUUGUGAGAUUCAGUAUACACAUCCUCACAUCAUCAAGGAAGAAACCGACUCCGGUGAUGCUGAUGACAAUGAGAUUAGUAAGUUUCAAUCAAAGUUCAUUGUUUUGGUCCUACCUGUUGUGAGAUGUUUUGACGUGGAAAUUGCUUCUUUUAUUUCAGGAGGAACAGUGGCAAUGUCUUCUUUCUCAUAUGACUUCUGUUUUUUGGCUGAGGUCACGGCUUCAAAUCUAAAAGCAGACAAACUUUCAAUUUUGAUUCCUAAAAACCAUAUUCUGUAUUUGCAGUAUCUUCCUAAGCGAGCUACUAGUUCUACUGCUUUGAACAAACAAUGCCAAGAGAUGAUACUAGUGAACAAAGAGGGAAACUCAUGGACUGCGAGUUUGCGAUUUAGCGAAUCAGGCGGCAUGUAUUACAUCACAAGGGGCUGGGGAAAGUUCUGUCGUGAUAACAGAUGCGACAUAGGAGACUUAUUUGUCUUCAAUCUGGUUGGAGAUGGGAAAACUACUCCCUUGUUGUGUGUAUGCCCGGAAAGUAAAGAGUGUUCUGAACUACUGAGCAAACACUUGAGCAGAAAGCGUGGUGAGUCUUCUCCAUUGCCUUGCUUGAGACGUCUUUAACUUGCUUGUUCUUUCUUUGCUUCUAGUUUAACUUGCUUGUUUGGUUUUGUUCUGUAGGUGAUAUUGCUUCAAGCUCACGGGUGAAUUAGAAGAAUGGUCAAGUAGUCUUGCGUCUCUUUAGCUUGCGUCUUUAGCUAUGUAUCUCGGACUUGUUAAGAGCUUUUAUCCUCUUGUUUUCUUUGCUACAAUGUACUUGUAUGAUCAUUUCAGUUUAGACUCAAGUUCUUGUGUUUCUCUACUCUCUAUGAUCAUUUCAGUUUAGACUCAUGUACUUUUAAGUUUAAAUCUUUGUACUCUACUCUUGUAAGUUUAAAUCUGUUUAGCUAACUACAAUCUUGCUUCUUUUCAUUCUCUUCUCUUUUAUGUUAUACAAGUAAGAAGAUAACUUGUAUGCUCUAAGAACGUAACAAAAUCAAGCUUAGAAGAUAACAAAAGUUGUACAAGUAAGAAACAUACUUAAUUUACAAAAUGAGAAAUUAUAUACAACACUUAUUUGAUUUGAUUCAAAAUAUUUGUAUGUUUACAUUUUCUUUUCUAAUAAAUGAAAAUUUUUAAUUUCUUGUUUUAAAUUUUAAAUUUUUAAGAUUAAAAAAAAACACACUAAGGAUUCCAUAUUGGAUAACACCAUUAGACCUAUAAUUAUGAUAAGAGUCCUUAACUAUUGAAAAAAAAAAAAA